GUACUCCCUGCAGCCCAUCCCGGAGAGGAAGAUUCCAAAUCGAUACUUAGGCCAGCCCAGCCCCUUUACGCACCCACACCUCCUCAGACCAGUGAACGAUACGAUACCCCUGUGUUGCUCAGUGAGGGCUUCCUUUGCUGAUUCUUCAUCAGACUGGAAUUCCUGCUGGAAAGUCGGCUGAGACUCAGGAAAUACAGCUCACCACUGAAACACACAAGAAUAUCAGAGUUUUUCAAAGCUGUAAGGAUCUUGGAGUAGAACUGUUACAGAGGGAGAAGAAAUUUCAGAAAGGAGACACAUUGCAAGCAAGGGGAGGUGACUCCAGGACUAUCCCAAGUGGAAUAUGCACUUCGCAGACACAAGUUAAUGUCUCUGGUCCACAAGGAGGCACAAGGGCAGAGCGGGACAGACCAGACAGUGGUUCUGCUGUCCAACCCUACAUACUACAUGAGCAACGAUAUCCCCUACACUUUCCACCAAGACAACAAUUUCCUAUACCUUUGUGGAUUCCAAGAGCCUGAUAGCAUUCUGGUCCUUCAAAGCCUCCCUGGCAAGCAGUUACCAGCACACAAGGCCAUGCUUUUUGUGCCUCGGAGAGACCCCAGUCGAGAACUUUGGGAUGGCCCACGAUCUGGCACUGAUGGAGCAGUAGCUCUAACUGGCGUGGACGAAGCCUAUACACUGGAAGAAUUUCAACAUCUAGUGCCAAAACUGAAAGCUGAGACUAAUACACUUUGGUAUGACUGGAUGAGGCCCGCUCACACACAGCUUCACUCGGACUAUAUGCAGCUUGUGACUGAGGUCAAAACCAGGAGCAAGAACAGAGUUCGCACUGUCCAGCAGCUGGUACAGCGCCUCCGGCUGAUCAAAUCUCCUGCUGAAAUUGAACGAAUGCAGGUUGCUGGGAAGAUCACAUCACAGGCUUUCAUAGAGACCAUGUUUGCCAGUAGAGCCCCUGUGGAGGAGAGCUUUCUUUAUGCCAAGUUUGAAUUUGAAUGCCGGGCCCGGGGAGCAGACAUCUUAGCCUACCCACCUGUGGUCGCUGGAGGCAAUCGGUCCAACACUUUGCACUAUGUGAAGAAUAAUCAACUCAUCAAGGACGGGGAGAUGGUGCUGCUGGAUGGAGGCUGUGAGUCUUCUUGCUAUGUGAGUGACAUCACCCGUACCUGGCCUGUCAAUGGCAAGUUUACAGCACCUCAGGCAGAACUUUACGAAGCUGUUCUAGAGAUCCAGAGAGAUUGUCUGACCCUCUGCUCCCCUGGAACAAGCUUGGAAAACAUCUACAGCAUGAUGCUGACCCUGACAGGACAGAAGCUGAAAGAGUUGGGGAUCAUAAAGAACAUUAAGGAAAAUAAUGCCUUCAAGGCUGCUCGAAAAUACUGCCCUCAUCAUGUUGGCCAUUACCUCGGGAUGGAUGUCCAUGACACUCCAGACAUGCCCCGCUCCCUCCCUCUGCAGCCCGGCAUGGUGAUCACAGUGGAGCCAGGCAUUUAUAUUCCAGAGGAUGACAGAGAUGCCCCAGAGAAGUUUCGUGGUCUUGGUGUACGGAUUGAGGAUGAUGUAGUGGUGACUGAGGACUUACCUCUCAUCCUUUCUGCUGAUUGUCCCAAAGAGAUAAAUGACAUUGAACACAUCUGCAGCAGGGCCUCUUGACCCUCGUUGCAGCCCAUGUGCAUCUCAGGUUCAAGGGGUGUGCACUGGCACUUGUACACGUGAGCUUUCUGAGUGUGUGUGCGUGCCUUUAUCUGUGAGUUUCAUUUGGGAGUGUGGGAACUGUAUGAAUGUAUGUAAUUGUGUGCAUGGCCAUUUUUUGUUUUAAGUAACUAGAAAUCGGGAAAGUUGAAUUUUCGGACUGUAUGUUACUGCAACUUUAGUAGAAUUAAUGACCCAGGCAGGUUUAAUUUUUAAACAUAAAGAUAGUUCUUGGUUAUAUCUGUUCAUGCAUUCUAGUUAAUACAUUUAAAUGCACAGGAAAUUUUUCCUCUCUAGGUCUUUUCCUUUCAGAGCUUUUGCUAAGAUCCACCUAAUAGCAUAAGAUACUUGUGUGAUGUGUAUAUUUGGAGCACAUCACCGAGGCCUCUGCCUAUACUAGAAGCCACCCAUCUAUGAUUGUGUGUGGCGAAUGCAUGUCUCUUACAGAUACCGACCUAUUCCAGAACCUGCACAUCUCCUGGAGACACAUGAGCCCUCAUGGCACUGGUGUCCUGCUGUUCCACCAUGUAGCCACCAUCCAGAUUCCAGCAACACUAGCUGUCAAACAAAACAGCUUUGAGCCUUCUCACUCCUUGGUUGCCUAGGGCCUGGGAAGUAUUUAGAUUCUUGAAAAGGAAGGAAUGAAAGAAAAAAAGGUAUAUAGGUGUCUGCUACAGAUCCAACCUCCCAUCUGUUCUCAGUCUAAAGAUGAUUCCUUUUCUAGACAUCCAUGCUUCCUGUGUAGAUUCUGAAUACACUGCCCCAUAGCACACCCUUGAAGCUGCUCCUGGCCAAGGGCAGGUCCUCUAAGUAGAGGACCACCUAAAGUGAGAGGAAUGGCACCUAGUUUUCAGGGAGAUACUCCUGUUGACACUCUGUGAUUCUUCUAGUGCUAACAAAAACAAAAUAUAAAACCCACCAAGUGCCUAUAAACAGCCUGAGAUCAUCUUUCUCUGCUGAUAGCACUGGAAGAAAUCUCUCUCAGCACACCAGUGGACACAAUUGUACAAGAACUCAGUUUGCAAAAUGAACAAGGCUAGAUUUUUGCAGAUGGUUUAUUUGGGACCUUCAUCAAAAAGAGAAGCUUUGAGAACCGGUGUGUCAUUUUUUAAAACUGGAUAUGAACCUGAGAUAUGUAAAACAUGCUGAUUUCUGGAGCAUCAAUUUGAGGGUUUUUAAGAAAACAUUUGUUUAGCUGAGCACAGGCUAGGGAAUUAACACUUACUGCAGCAAUAGAGGUUUGCCCACCACACCAGGAAAACUCAAGGCACAGCCCAAAGCAGACAGGCAGUGACUUCUUCAGAAGACAUAAUGCAAUGAACCAAAGUGAUGCAAAUCAUGUCCUGACAGCGUUUACCCACAAUGCCUGGCUUUGCUAACCUGAUCUAAGCAGCUGUGGGAAUGGAUGGCCACACAGCUGGAGUCAGCCUCUCAGUCCUGUGCUACCUUCCAAAAGGACAGGACUGAAAACAAAUCUACAGCUCGGGCUUCUCACCCUUGGGCCUCUGUGGCCCUAAUAGCCCUUAGAUUGGGUCUCCUUUGCUCAUUCACAAUCCUGGAAUAAGGAAUUGCCUUUCUCCCUAAAAAUAAUUUUCUGUGGUCUUAAGUGUUUCAGCUAAACGUUUAGGCAGGUUUUUUGUACAGCAGCAUAAAACAAACUCCUGAAACAGACUCCUUCCAGUUAGAGUCCAGCCAAGUUGUACAGGUGUUGGAAGUAGUAAUUCGAAAGGCUUCUGUGGUGCUUUCGGCUGAUUUGUAUUCCCUGACCCAGGAAUAUUGCCCUUGGAGCCCCAGAUUAAUCGUUGCCGCUAAACAUUUGAGUCUGUCAGAACCAUCACGAGAUGACCUAGCGCCCAUCUCAGAGUGACGGUAAAGGCUGUCCAGUAGAUCCAGGGCUGUGAGCGGCCAGAUAUUCGCAGUGCAGAAGUCUCAUCCAUUCUUUGUCGCACCACAGACAUGCCCCACAUUUCCCUCCCUGUCUCAGUGUGGUAAGUGCUUCAUGUACAUACCAGGCUCUCCUAGAACAAAAACCAGAGUUUUCAAACAUCUUUCAAAUGCUCCACUGGAAUUUUUCUCCCUGAAUUGAGUAGAUGAGCUUGAAUCAUUAACAGUACCAUCUCAAUGAAGGAAGUGUUAUCUAGACAACCUCUGCCACAUACUUCUGUAUGUUUAUUUCAGAGGCUGCUCUUCCCCUCUGUCCCCCAUAAUCAGGAACUGGACUGUAGAGUAAAUUGCUCUUCCCGUGGCCCUAAUAGUCACGUUAGGAAGCUACUUCUGGUGGUGACGUCAGGUUCUCUGUGUGGGUUUUAAGCCUGGGCAAAUACACUUAAAGCUAAAGUGUUGAAUACUCCAAGUAGGAUGAGAGGAGGAGCACAUCGAGAAGCCCUAACGUCAGUGCGGGAUUCCAUUGUCACAAAGCAUGUGGCGCCUCCUGGCUGCUCUUCUGACCUCAGCCCCUGUGUCACUGGGGAGCUUGGGGUUAGCAUCAGUGUUAUUUGGUUCGAGGGUCCCCAUGAAAUCAAUGCCUCUUUGGGGUGUGCUCAUGAGGAUCUGAGAGAACUAGUUUUCUUAGCAUUUCUUAAGGCUUUGUAUCACUUCUGUGCAAUUAUAUAAAUUUGGACGAAAUGCUGUUACUUUUAAGGCCCUUUCCACUAAAUAUAGUUGUCAUUCCCCAAUAAGGGAAAAAUAUUUGUUAUUGUCAUUUAAAAAUAAAUUAUAAAAUAAUGAAA